AUGUCUUUAAAUAUAUUCUCGCUGCUAAACACAGGAAAUGACCUGGGUUGUAAUUUUUUGGCUACUGUUAUCGAUAAUUCCAGAGAUAUUAAUCUUAAGACAGAUGAUUUGGAGUUGAUCAAAGAGAAUGAUGAUAAACCAACUUGGGAUGUCAAUGUUGGUUUGUCUGACAAGUUUAACAAGAAUCUUGCAAGUGAUUUGAUGCUUUACAUUUGUUGUCAACCUGUAGCAGCCAUGGUAUCACCAAAAGAGCUAUGUGGUAUAAUUGUAAACAGCUAUUACAAUCGCUUGACUGCUAGUAAGCUUACUGAAGAAGACAGACAGACAAACACUACCUCAAACAGAAGAGGAAAUAGAAAGACUGCUCUUAAUAAAAGGAGAAAAAAAAUGUACACAAAGCAUAAGGAUGCCAUUACUGAAAAGUUUAAUUGGGAUUAUAAUGGCGUUUUUUACAGAGAUGCAAUGUCUGGUGAUGAGACAGAAACCGAUACUUCUGUUGUUGCAUCUCGUCCUGGUUGGCGUAGUGAUGAGUUGAAUACCGUGUUUGACUUUCUUGAUGAGCUCGCCAGAGAUGACUUGGGAAAAAGAGCAACGCAGUUGAAGUUGCGGAGUCAUGUGUUAGUACACGAGACAAUUCCUCGUGGCUUGGUCACAAAAAUGCCUACGUGGUCAAAACGCAUAUAA